CUCUACCCCGGGCACAUCCGCGCCAGCCCGCUGCAGAAAGCGCUGCUGGCCGCCGGCUCCGCGCUCGCCGCCCUCCGUGACCCCUACAGACACGACAUGGUGGCAGUCCUGGGGGAGACGACGGGUUGCCUGGUCCUGCCGAACCUGCGAGACAAGAUGAGAAACGACCCUGAAGGCUCCCGUAUCCUCCAGGAGCGGCCUCGCAUCCGUCUCGCCACCCUGGACGUGGAGGGGCUGCGGGGGCUGCCGGAGGGCACCUUGGGCCGGGAAUACCUGCGGUUCCUGGAGGACAAUAAGGUGUCUCCGGACACGCGAAUGCCAGCCAAGUUUGUUGAUGAUGAAGAGUUGGCCUAUGUGAUCCAGAGGUACCGGGAAGUCCACGACCUGAUGCACACCCUGCUGGGUAUGCCCACCAACAUGCUAGGGGAGGUCGUGGUCAAGUGGUUCGAGGCCGUCCAGACAGGGCUGCCCAUGUGCGUCCUGGGCGCAGCCUUCGGCCCCAUUCAUCUCAGCGCACGGAAGUUGCAGGUCCUGGCUACAGAGCUGAUUCCCUGGGCGGUUCGGAGYGGGCGCAAUGCCAACUGUGUCCUCAACAUCUACUACGAGCAGCGCUGGGAGCAGCCGGUGGCCUCCCUGCGCGAGGAGAUCGGCAUCUUCCCUCCGCCGGCCGUGCGUGUGUGAGAGCCUGAGAUCGCGGAGGGGACGGGGGCCCCAGCGCGUCCCCCCCGCUGCUACAGGGCUCUGCCACCCACCUCCAUGGUCCCCACAGCUUCAGGUUCCCCUGCUGUUGAUGGGUGCUGCGUUGCACCUCCCUGUACCCGGGCAGAACUGACCCCUGCUGCCGCCCAUGAGCGAGCGGAGAGGCGGCCGGUCCCACCGGGUCCCCUUGGGCCGCGUGGGCUGCUCCAAGCCUUGGGCUCCGGGGCUGCACCCAGGCACGGGGGUGGGCRGGGAAGCUUUGGUGCCCGCAGCAGGAAGGGCCGAUGCUGUUGUCCGUCCAACCUGCUGGACAAUGUGGGUGCCCCGGGCCCUGGAGAGCGCCCGUGCCCGCAGAGGUGACUCGCAGAGACACUCAGGGAGCCCCUCGUACACAGUGACCUGGUGUCCUGGCGCACACAGAGGCUGUGGGCGCUGCAGGACAGCGUGUGCCCGGCCGAAUGGUUCUGCCCGACUUCCCUUUUCUCGCUGCCAGCAGGCAGAGCAACAUCCCUGGGUGCCCUCUCUGCUGGAGACCUGCAGAGCCCCCCCAACAAAGGGCCCAAAUCUGCACGAUUGCACCAAGUUUUCAGUCAAAUCCUCCUCCUCCUUUGGGCUGCCAAACAAUGUGAUUGGGAAUGAGGGGCUGAAUCUUUGAGGGCAGAGC